CAAACCACAAACCCUCACAAGGAAACGAAGAAGAAGAAGAAGUGGCUAAUGAGCUAGCCUAGCUGCAGGCUUUAUUUAGGGAAAUAUGGCUGCUGUGCUCCCAGUGAGACUGCCCUGCGACAGCAACCCCGCUACCCCUGGAGCACAAUCCAUAAAGGAGGAUGUCAUUGAAGAGGAGUCCAAUGAUGGCAGCCAGGUACCGAAGAGAAGGAGGAUUGGUUCAGGUGACAGCUCUCGAAGCUGCGACACCUCCAGUCAAGACAUGGGGCCGACAUAUUUCCCAGCAGAGAACCUGACAGAGUACAAGUGGCCAUCAGAUGACGCAGGAGAGUAUUACAUGCUGCAGGAGCAGGUCAGCGAGUAUCUGGGAGUCACAUCCUUCAAGAGGAAGUACCCUGAUAUGGAGAGAAGAGACUUGACCCACAAAGAGAAGCUUUACCUGCGGGAACAGAACGUCAUCACUGAGACACAGUGCACUCUGGGUCUGACCGCUCUGCGGAGUGACGAGGUGAUAGAUCUGAUGAUAAAGGAGUAUCCCACCAAACACGCUGAGUAUUCAGUCAUACUGCAGGAGAGGGAGCGGCAGAGAAUAGCUAAAGAGUACUCUCAAAUGCAGACACAGAAUCCUCAGAAGGUGGAGGCCAGCAAGGUUCCUGAAUACAUUAAGAAGGCAGCUAAAAAAGCUGCGGAGUUCAACAGUAACUUCAACAGGGAGCGUAUGGAAGAGAGGAGAGCCUACUUUGACCUCCAGACACAUAUCAUCCAGGUGCCCCAGGGAAGGUUCAAGGUGCUGGCUCCAGAAAUGACCAAGGCGGGGCCUUAUCCCGUGGCUCUCAUACCAGGACAGUUCCAAGAAUACUACAAAAGGUACUCUCCCAAUGAGCUGCGAUACCUGCCGAUGAACACAGCUCUGUUUGAGCCUCCACUGGACCCAGAGCUCCCUGCUCUGGACUCAGAACCAGACUCAGACGAUGCAGAGGAUGGCAAGGACAAAAAGAAAAAGAACUUAUCUGACAGUUCUUCAGGCAACGCGUCAGACAUGGAGAGCCAGGACGCCGGAGGUAAACCGGGCAGCAAGUCCAAGGCCAAAGACAGGACGUCCACUCCGGGCAAAGAUGGCAGCCAGCGUCAUUCUACCUCCCACAAAGCCACCCCAGGGUACAAGCCUAAGGUCAUUCCCAAUGCUAUAUGUGGCAUUUGCCAGAAGGGUAAAGAGGCCAACAAGAGGGGCCGGCCAGAGGCUCUCAUUCACUGCUCCCAAUGCGAUAACAGCGGCCACCCGUCGUGCCUGGACAUGAGCAAGGAUCUGGUGAGUGUGAUCCACACGUACCGCUGGCAGUGCAUGGAGUGUAAGACCUGCAUCGUGUGCCAGCAGCCCCACCAUGAGGACGAGAUGAUGUUCUGCGACAAAUGUGACCGAGGAUACCACACGUUCUGCGUCGGCAUGGACUCCAUCCCCACUGGCCUUUGGGUGUGUGAGGUUUGCGACAAAGAUUUCACUACACCCAAGAAAAAAGGAUCAGCCAAAACACCUAAGAAGUCCAAGUCAGCUCAAAAAUGAUCGACAGCCUCCUUAAGAAUGAUACCUCGACCAAAUUCUUCUGAAAUGUAAAUCAAGUAAUUUUUUCCAUCUGUAAAUACACAGGCUGACACUAGAAAAACAAAUGUAUUUAUCUUUCCUGUGACAGCUUUAAUGACAUCUGUAGAGCAUCAGCUUAGAAAAACUCUCUUUCCAUCACCAAAACAAACCUUAAGUCGUGUGUGAUUAUACCUCAUGUGUACGUGCUCAGAAACAUCAAGAUGAAUUGGCUUGAGAAAGUAAAGUCUGUUCGGUAUAAGACCUCAUCCUCCAUCCAGCACUGCACUAAAUCCUGUGAUCUAACCACUAACGGUAUAACGGCAUUCUUAAUUCAUUCAAACUGAUACAUCUUGUGGUUACUGUCUCUCAACAUUUCUACAGUGAGAAAUGUGUUUCACUGGAACAAGUGGUGCUACUGAGACAAUCGAGCUCAACUAUGUUAUUCUUUGACUUUCAAAACACAUUUUUUAUGUUUUUGUAUUUUUUAGUACCAUGUAUUUUACGAGGCAGGUCAAUAAAGAGCAAUCCUAUUUAAACAAAUGUUUUGAAUUAUUACAUGGUGCUAGUGAUUCUGCGUAAUCAGAUGUAACAGACUUUGGUUCUGGUAGACCUCAUGGCUGCAGUAGGUCUUCACAUUAUUCAUUUAGUUUUCAACCCUAACAGAAAUUGUAACCACUCACUGUAAUUACAUUGAACUUAAACAUCCAUUAGCAAUGAUUAGCCAACUGAUAUUUUUGCAGUCAGCUUGAAAGAUUAUUUUGUAUUGUUUUGUAUUUAAUUUACUCUUUUUUUGUAUUGUCACUCAGUAGGCAGUUUGCUUAAGAAACAUGUGUUGCUAAUAAUGUCGUAGUCACUGAAUUAUGAAGUGUAUUUUUAAUAAAAGCUACUUAAAACCGA